AUGGUGAAGAAAAUGCUUCAGUCUGCAAGCGGUCGUGGCACUCCCUCCUGUUAUUCACCCAACUCUCCUUUCUCUCUCCGCCGCCGUGAUUCUGGCUCUCGAAUUCCCCGCCCUACUACGUCUGCGGCUGCUCAUCUGGAUGACUUUGCUCUGAGUGAUCUAGAGGAUUGUGAUCUCUCUGAUAUCAGUGAUACCUCACCUCCGGGAUCCCCUAAUGUUGAUGAGCGUCCUCUGCUUAAAACUGCAAUCCCUCUGCCUCUUCGACAAGAGGAAAACAGGAGACGACUACCUCUGGAGAAUCAAGCCACCGGGCAAGCAGCAAGCGUAAGGCUUGUAAAUGUCAGCCGAGGCAACUCGCGGGCCAGCAAUGCAGAGUCCACCUGGGACAUUUCUCACGGCAAUCAUCAAGCACCCACCGAGCUAUCAACCAUCAGUGAAAACUCGAGAUUCAGCACAACAACAGUUUCAGACUACCAUAGUGUUGUACAGAGUGAUAGGCCUAUUCUACGCGUGUCCUUGAGUGCCGAAAAGAUUAUUAUGGGCGAUAAAGCUCGUUCCAAAUCUCUUCCAAACAUUACUGAAGAACGCCGAUCACGGGGCAUCUUCCGUCCACGCAUAAUUCGAAAUAUCUCUCCGAGGGACACCUCGAGCAAGAUCUUCAGCAAGCCUGAUGAGGGGAAAUUGGAAUUACAACAUGACAAUUACUACGACACGUUCUUCCCAACAGAGAGAGUUGACACAUCCCAUUCACCCAUGGAGAGCCUAAAUGGUGAUUUCAUCAAGCAUGGCUCAGCCUCAGGAACGAUCAGUUAUGGGACCCAGAACGGGACUGCAUACUCAACCCCGGCUUUCCCCCCACGCACUUCAUCCUUGAAUGCUUUGUCAAGUUUGAACAGCAGCCCUGAGAAAAGUACAGCAUGGAGUAAGAUCACUACAGUCAAAUCGAGUGGUACACUAAGGGCUGCCGAGAAUGUCACUUUCCUGGAUAUCUGCCAGAGCCAUCCCGAAGUUGCAGGUAAUAUCAUCCAGACAGGCAUCGUCAUAAACCCUGACGGCAGCAAGAUCAUCCAGCCAGAGAAAAGGACACUCAAAACCCCUGCGCCACGAAUGUCUCGAGUCAUGGGCGGUAUUCGCAACGCCUUUUCACGAUCACGCUCGGAAAAGCGCUCUAAGCCCGGAUUGACAUUCGAGAUGGUUAAUAAUACAAUCCCAACCUCACGCCCCGUACCUCAGACUCCUACCACCAGUGAGAAUGGCAGCCCUAAAAAAAGCUCUAAAAUCAGAGUCUUCGGUCCCCAGGUCCUUCCAUCCCACCGUUCUGGACAAUUUGGGGAGCUUGAAACCAAAGGCCUGGACAGUGUUCGCCAAACGUUGAACGGCCUCGGACGCUUACUGGUUGAAGACGAUAAUAUCGAGCGGCGGAGAGUAUGGUACCGACAGUUCAUUCGUCUGUACAGUCUCCUUGCCGACUUUAACAGCAGAGACCUUCGGAUCGGAGAAGCAGCCUCCCUGGUUGCACAGAUGCGCGCCGAAGCAUCCCUCCGUAGGUACGCGAUGAUCCUACAAGUCCACCAAAUUUCCCAGGAUCACGAUGCCUUUUAUGCUGCCGAUCUGCCAAGUGAUCAGAUCGUCGAGGAUUGGGAGCAUACAAGCCGAUAG